UCCCUCCGGCGUCUUAGUUUGCAAAAUCCUCAACUGCUUCGGCUGGCUAUCACAGGGGGUACGGCACCGGCGUUACCAAAAGCAGGGACGGAUGAAUUAGAAAAACAAAACGCCUUACCAACCCAAUCCCCUUUUACUUAUUAUUUUUGGGCAUUUUUGGGGAGAGGGACAGCAAUAAACCUUGUAUCCUGUCCCGUGGCUGACUGACAGUGAGAAGCGGAUAGAAAGGUCCCCUGUGUGUGUUUGGUGCUAGAGAAUUCACCAUGGGGCUCAAGGCAGCCCUUCCUAAGCUGGAGCUGUACCUCUAUACAGCGGUUCUCUACCUGUCUCUGCUGUGGGCCGGCACCUGGAUCUGGGAUGCCUCCUCUGACAAUGUGAACAGGAAGGUGUUCAAGAAGAGCGUGAAACCAGGUUGGCACUACUUUGGCAGGAAAAUGGACGUUGCUGAUUUUGAAUGGGUGAUGUGGUUCACAACAUUCCGCAAUCACAUCCUAUUCGCCCUCGCCGGUCAUGUGAUCUUUGCCAAAGUCUGCUCCCUGAUAUCUCCCCGGCACAGGUCGUUGGUCUAUGGGUUGUACGGUGGACUGACGGUGCUGGUCAGUAUGGGCGGGGGCUUCCUGGCUCUCGUCCUAUCACACUGCUUCAUCCUCUACAGCGUGGCCCUGGUCAAGAGGAAGUGGAUUGUCUUCGUCGCCGGUCUCGCCAGCCUGGCCACCUUCAAGAUGGAACCGUUUAACACCUGGCAGGAAGGUUUUGUGACGGGCUACUUCGACCUGCAAGACAUCCUGUUCUACGGAGGAUCCUGUUUCACCAUCAUGCGCUGUAUGAGCUUUGCUCUGGAGAACUGUGAGAAGAAGGACGGCAACUACAGCUUCGCUGACCUGCUCAAGUACAACUUCUACCUUCCAUUCUUCUACUUUGGACCCAUCCAGACUUUCGAUCAGUACCACGUCCAGGCCAACAACCCUAACCUGACCCGUAAGCAGAGAGAGAUGUGGAACAUUACCACCAGGGCUUUGUUGCACCUGGGAGCCAUUUUGGUGGUGGACGUGUUCUUCCACUACCUGUACAUCCUGACCAUCCCCAACGACAUGAAGCUGGUCAAGCAGCUGUCCGACUGGUCCCUGGCUGGUCUGGCCUACUCUAACCUGGUGUAUGACUGGGUGAAGGCAGCGGUGAUGUUCGGGGUGAUCAACACUGUGGCCAGACUGGAUCAUCUGGAUCCUCCUCAGCCUCCCAAGUGUAUCACCAUGCUCUACGUGUUCGCUGAGACGCACUUUGACAGAGGCAUCAACGACUGGCUGUGCAAGUAUGUUUACGACUACAUUGGAGGAAGCCACACAAAUGUCUUCAAGGAGCUGGUGGCGACCAUCUGUACGUUUGUUGUGACCACUUUGUGGCUGGGUCCAUGUGAGCUGGUCUACAUCUGGUCGUUCUUCAACUGCUUUGGUCUCAACCUGGAGCUCUGGGUAGACAAGUUCUUCUCCAUACCUCCCUUCUCCAACAUCGAGUAUGCCAUAGGUGAGGCUAUGUCUCGUAGGAUCAGAGCCAUCUUCGGCGCCCUAAACUUCUGGACCAUCAUCCUCUACAACAUCCUGGCUCUCAACAGUCUGGAGUUCGCCAAGCUGGUGGGAAAAAGACUGAUCGUUCAAGGUUUCCCUCUGUCCACCCUGUCUGUACUGUUUGUGACCUACUGUGGUGUUCAGCUGGUGAAGGAGAGGGAGAGGAAGCAAGCCCUUUUGGAAGACCCCGAGCCAGCGGCUGUGCCCCCUACACCUAAAGACAUGCCCCCCAAGCCUGAGGAGGUCGGCAAAAAUAAAGUUGAGUAAACGCACAAACGAGGAAAAACUUCAUUUUGUUUUUUGAGGACCUGGUUUUCACGUCAACAGUCAACAACGCCCCCCCCGC